CCCAACUCCCACUCCUUUCUCCCAACCAUUUGUCUUCUUCAUAUCCAACACUUCCACCACACUCUCUCUCUCUCUCUCUCUCUCUCUCUCUCCUCCUUCCUCUUUAUAACUCUUAUCACUUCCCCUCCCUCCCCCUUCAACCCCAACUUCUUCUCUCAUCAACUCAACACUCACACCAUAUCUACCCGGAGAUCAAGGCAGCCCGGUGCUUCCCGAAUCUCCGACGACCAAAUCAUCGAACUCAUUUCCAAGCUUCGACACCUUGUCCCCGAGAUUCGCCAUCGCCGCUCCGACAAGGUUUCAGCCUCAAAAGUCCUCCAAGAGACCUGCAAUUACAUUAGAAACUUACACAGGGAGGUGGAUGACCUAAGUGAAAGGCUCUCUCAGCUCUUGUCUACAAUAGAUGCUGAUAGUGCAGAGGCAGCCAUAAUUAGGAGCUUAAUUAUGCAAUAGGGAAAGAACAAGAACAAGAACCAGGCAGUUGGGUUUGGUAAUGCUAUAUAUAUAUAUAAAUAUAUAAAUAUAUAUUUUUAUAAUAUAAGAUAUGAUGUUACUAUGUUAUUUAUAUGGGUUUUUGAUAUUCCCUUUUCUAGGUUUUUGGUGGCUUAGAUGAAAAAAAGGGAAAUUUAAAAAAGGGUGUAUUUUUCCAUGAAAAGAGAAGCUUCCCUUUUAUUAUUAUUAUAGGGAUGUAACCAAAAUGUAUAAUAAAAGGAGUUGCAUUAGCAAACCCUUUUAUUAUUUCUAUAAAGUUGUACAAAUACACCCAAAAAAUGUACCAUCUUCUCGCUUU